UUCUCGUCCCGAGUUUCGCAUGUGAGAGCAGGACAGCGGCUUACGUACGCGCGAUGAGAUGACUGUACACGCGUGUUUGUGGGGUUUUUUUCCAAGUGACAUCGGGCGUGUGGUGACGGACCGGGGUGUGGUGCGCGCGGGUUUCGCCAUUAGAGAUCGCCGCUUCCGCGAGAAGGGUGUGCUUUACUUACCCUACUGGGAGGGUAACGGGGGGGCGUCGGGUGCGGACUGCCGCGUGUGUGCGUGUGUGCCGACUUUCCGGGAUUUGGGCAUGUUUUUUGGCCUUUGCCGUGGUGAAUGGCGAGUGGGUGGCUUGAUUUGCUGGGUGGUUCGGAACGAGUUGCGUGAUGGAAAAUUCUGAGAUCGGGGGUUAAUGGGGUGGUGGAUCGGUGAAUGGCAUGUGUCUGUAAUGCUUCUGUGAUCAGUGUCGUGUAUUACUUCGAUUUUUUCGAUUCUACGAAGAAACCUGGGUUUCAAGUGACUGGACAUGCAUCAUCAGAGUUGCGGUUAAAGAUUUCACUCGCUGGAAAUAAACUUCUUCGUAUUGCAAUUAUGUUGUGAAUAGUAGACGAGUUCAAUCUCCCGCUUUCGGGCAUCAAGAUUGUGCAAGCACUUGGAAAUCUUGACAUAAUGCAACAGGUCUCUACAUGUGCCGUUCAG